AUGCGCACCAACUACGAUACGCAAGUCGACACGUGCUUCUACCAGACCUUGCCCUUUAAGCUGACCCGAGUCUCCUAUCUCACGGUCUUCCCCAUCAGCCAUGGAGUCGAAGGGUACUACAACAAGGUCUCGGAGUCAUGUAAGCUCUCCGGAAAACUUUUUUGUAGCUGCACAAGCUGAUAUACCAGCCUACAUACAGAUCGCAAUCCCCAUUUCCUCGGACUCAAAAAGGUCCGUUCGAGUUUACGGCGGCCCCAGAGCUCAGCCGUUUCCGCAACUGAACUCCCAAGAUCACUAAAUUAGGUCCUGAACGAGUUCAUGGAUCGUUACAUGGAGCACGAACGGCCUUCAAGCUUGGACAUCGUCGAUCUCGCCGCGGGGAGUGGGGAAGCGACCGAGGUGAGUUGAGUGUAUGCACUCUUGUUCUCGUAGGUCAAUCGUCUGCUGACUAUUCUCAUGACAGGCUUUGCUGGCUUGGAGAUCAUUUCGAUGGCCAACAUCCUCAACAUCAGCGACGGAAUCAUCGACCACAUCAUCUACGCCCACGCCCACCACUUCAAUACCAGCCUCCAUAGUAACUCGACCCCCUUUCAUCCCCCCAACUCGUCGACCCAUCAUCGCUCGACCGACCAAACCCUCCCCCAUCUCUUCCCUCCCCAUGCCAACGCUCAACAUCAUCGCUUCGGAUCCUUUCACCGCCCCGGGAUAUCGGAUACGAACCGGUUUGCCUUGUUUGGAAUUGUCGUUCGCCGAUGUCGCAGAGGGGAAGUUACCUAGUACGUUGACUUUGACUCCAGCGGGAAACCUUCCAUUGGACGAUCGAACUUCCCGAACGGAUAUGAGUCUACUAGAGGAAGGAGGGGAAGAAGAAGGAAGGUAUGAGGAAGAAGAAGGAAGGUAUGAUCUGGUUAUCAUCUCAUUCGCGUUACAUCUGGUCGAAUCGACGAGCGAACUUUGGGCCUUGUUGACCGAGUUAUCAAAGAGGUGCAAAUGGCUCGUCGUUAUGGCGCCGCAUAAGAAACCAGAGGUAAGUACCGGGCAACUCGAGUUGGUCCAUCAACCGAACAGAGAUUGAAUAAAUGUAUACGUUGUUCAUUAAUCGAUAGAUCAAAGCAAGUUGGGGCUGGACGCGAUGGGAUCCUCGGACAUGGAGAGAGGCGGAGGGGAAACCGAAUGCGGCUGGCACGGACGAAGGGGAUGGGUGGGAGAUCGUUUUGGAUCGGACGAGGUUGAGGGUGUGGAAGAGUGAUUAUCAAGUCGAAUAG